AUGUGCAGUUCAAAGAGCCUGUGGCAAAACAUAAAUCAAGUAGUUGUGGAAGGCCGUUCUUGUGCACAGGAGUCUCCUCCUCCUGUCGGUAAAUAUAAACUGAAUGUUACUGCUGCUUAUAUUCCCGAAACAAGUGUGGGUGGAAUUGGUGUUGUUAUUAGAAAUGACAAAGGGGAAGUGGUGGCAGCUAUGGCCCUUCCUCUUGCCACCGCCACCUCACCUAAAUAUGCAGAGAUUAUGGCACUUCAUUUCAAGAUGAAUUUUGCUCGGGAUGCUGGCUCCUCUUCUAAUUUAAUUGAGUCUGAUUCACAAGGAGUGGUAAAUGAAGUAAAGAAGGAUGAGGAAGAGUCGUGGACAUCUCGUUGA